AUGCCGUCGUCUACGAGCCUUCGUUCCUCCUCCUCUCUCUCCUCCACUCCCUCCGCUCCCCUCGCUCACUCGCGCUCCGGCGAAUACCCCUACGCUCCUACUCAUCACGCCGUCGUCUCAUCUCAUAACGAGUACGCUGACGACAAUCCGUAUCAAGGGGGCCAGUUUCACUCGUACGCUUCUGGCAGUACGAUCGCACCGUACGCGUACCCGCCUCCUCCUCCGCCUGAAUACCCUUCCGGUGUCAACCCAGCGGCGUACCCGCCUGUUAUUCCACCUUCAAACCCGCGGGAUCCCGCGCGAAAACCGCGGUGGUAUAGGAAAGUGCCGUGGUUGGCGAUUACCGUAUUAAUCGCCUGCAUAUUAGUCUUUAUUGUGACCAUGGCGGUGAACGAUUGCCCGUCGAAGCCGCACCCGCAAGGCCAGAGCUGCGUGCUGCCUUGGCUAGGUCGAUUCUCCUUCGAGCCGCUCAAUAUCAACCCUCUCUUCGGUCCAACCGCCUUAACGCUUCAGGAGAUGGGCGCGCUGAACAGUAACCUGGUUACCAACUACCACCAGGGCUGGCGGCUGGUAACGGCGAUGUGGUUACACGGCGGCGUGGUGCAUCUCGUGUGUAACCUCCUCGGCAUCGCCUUCCUGCUCAACCGCCUCGAGAAGGAGUUCGGCCUGUGGCGUCCCACGGCCAUCUACCUUCUCAGUGGCGUCUUUGCUGCCGUCUUCUCCUGCCUCUUCCUCGACACACAGAUCAGCGUGGGUGCAUCUGGAGCGUUGUUUGGGCUGGUGGGUGCGUGCCUGUCGGAACUACUGAUCAACUGGAAGCUCUACGACAACAGGUUCUCAGCCCUGAUGACGCUAAUCAUCCUCAUAGCAAUCAAUCUAGCCAUCGGUCUCAUGCCAUACAUCGACAACUUCGCCCACAUAGGCGGCUGCAUCGCCGGCUUCUUCCUCGGCUUUGCUCUCCUGCUCAAACCCCAGCACGGCUUCAUCGACCUGCGAGACAGCUCCGGCGUGGCGACGGCCACGGCGAUUGCUGUUUCUGGGGGUGAUCCCGUGACUAAGAAGCACUCUACCUGCCAGGUCUACACGUGGAUUCUCUCAGGAAUAAUCUUCAUGGCGCUCUUCUCACUCUGCAUGGCGGUGCUAUUCACCAAGGGCAAUGUGGCAUCAGACUGCACGUGGUGUCGCUACAUGUCGUGUGUGCCCACUCCUUGGUGGACCUGCGACCCCAAUGCCCCAGGCACACAGGGCCAAGGACCCGUUUGCCAGGUCCGGUCGUAUCAAAAUGGCACUGGUGCACUGGUGUGUCUUCCGCUAAGUUCGUAUGGCGUGAUGGCCGGCAGUUUUGCAGGCGCCAUGAAGCAGCGUCGAGGGUCGAACGAGCUCUUGCAGCAGCGCCGCCGGAGGCAGAGCGGAAAGAAGCACGCGCACCUGCGCGACAAUCUCCCCCUCUUCGCGCUCUUUCUCUGCGCCGUCGCCCUGCGCCUGCUGCUUCUGGCGCGAGAAUUCCUCGCUGCGCACGAGUUUCCGCCAGUGGUGGUGAGUCUGUGGCACGUGGACAACGCCUUUCACGCGCUCAACAACAACCUGCUCCCAGCACUGCUGCACCUCCUGGAGAUGGGGGCGCUUCCUGGCAUGCCAGUACCGGCAGGCGCUGCUGCUGCCUCUGACCGCCUGAGUUCAGCUGCCGUGGCGAUUCUAUGGAGAUUAUUCCAAUGCAGGAUUCGGCUGAGCGAUACGCAAGGGUUGAGUCGGCGAAUCUGCUUCCGCCACCUGGCAUACGGCCAGCGUGCAGCCUUCCCUUUUUACAACAGCUCCUCCUCUCUCCCUGGCUUUGAUAAGUUCCCCGCUGUCAUUGCAGCCUAUCGCUCCUUCGCCUUCUCCCUCUUCAACACUUUUCCAGCUUCUCAAGCUGUGGGUUCGGGGCCUUUCAGCCAAUCAGAAGCUAGCGAUGGUGCCCCAAGAAGGACCUUGGAGCUUCCGGCUGUUGGGCCGUUGACGGCCGAGAGUGGCAGCUUGGCGGUUCAAGGGCCAAAUUCGGAGUCAGCGGGGGUAAAGGGACGAGGAGCAGCGAGCCCUGGACGAGUGGAUGGGAGUUCAGGCAGUGAUGAAUCAUCAGCGGUGGCAGAUGUAGGGGGGCUCGGUGGACCACACAUGUCGGACCUGCAGCGGCGGCGGCAGCAGCAGCAGCAGCAGCAACAGCAGCAGCAGCAUGCCGCUCUGCCUGUCCCAGGCAUAUACUCCAACGGCCCGAUCGUGAUCUACGUCCCCCGGAGCUCAGCUUUCGGCGACGAUCGGUUUCAUGCAAGCUCCCGCAGCUCUGGCAUUCCCCGCGCUUUACCCCCAUGUUCCGCCAAGUCCGCCUUUCCUCAACCCCUUCCCUCCCAUACCCCUUCCCCCAAUCUUUUGUUUCCCCCCUGCUCCGCGCACGGAGUUUUUUCCAACCAACGCUCUGCGCGAUCUCACUCCCAUCCCAUCCCCCCUCCAACUGCUGCUGCUCCCUGCCCUUCCCUUCCCCACAAGCCCACUCUCGACUGCUGA